CAGCAGUGCGGCACUAGAAGUAGAAAUUUGUGAGAGGGUGUUAAUUGUUAAUCCUCUGACAGAUAAAACUGAUGAUUAGACUAGUUAAACUGAUAGUUAAACUUCAAAAAAAAAUCAUUAUAAACCAGUUUGUAGCUUAAUCAGAGAACUAGUUCUAAAGAGUGAGACAGGCAGACAGAGAAAGAAGAGUGAGAGAGGAUGCAGAUCGGUGAGAAAUGCAGGAAAGCAACACAGAAUAUACAAAAGUUAAAACCAACCAAAAUACAAAAGAAAAACUACAACUAUAACCAUACACCUACAUGAAUCUUUGAUUUCAGUUUAAGAGUUGAGAAAUCAGAAGAUUUCAUCAAAAUAAGAAAAUGGGUUUGGUAAAUAAAGAAGAAACAACUAAGAACAACAACAACAGAAACACAGUAGCAUCAUCAUCAGCAGCAAGUAAGGUAAAAUCAAACAACAAAAACAAGGCAAUUGCACAGUAUAAUGCAGAUGCAAGGUUAUUUUCAAGGUUUGAACAAUCAGCUGAAUCAGGUAAAUCAUUUGAUUACACAAAAUCAAUUAAAUCAGUACCUGAGAAUUCUGUAUCACAAGAAGAGAUGACUGCUUAUUUAUCUAGAAUUCAAAGAGGUGGUCAGAUACAACCUUUUGGUUGUAUGCUUACUGUUGAAGUACCUACAUUUCUAAUCAUUGCUUAUAGUGAAAACGCUACUGAUUUAUCACUAGGGUUAGGUUUGGAUGAUAGUAGAACUGAUGUACUAGUGACUACUACUGAAUCAUCAAAAUUUGAUGGUGGUUUGAUUGGUGUUGAUGCUCGUACCCUUUUUACGCCAUCAUCUGGUGCUUCUUUGGUCAAGGCUGUAGCUUCUAGAGAGAUUUCUUUGCAAAAUCCUAUAUGGGUUCAUUCUAAGAGUGCUCAGAAGCCGUUUUACGCCAUACUCCAUAGAAUUGAUGUUGGAAUUGUUAUUGAUUUGGAGCCAGCUAAGUUGGGUGACCCUGCUUUUUCUAUUGCGGGUGUGGUGCAGUCACAGAAACUCGCUGUUCGAGCAAUUUCACGUUUACAGUCUCUUCCUGGAGGAGACAUUGGUGUUUUAUGUGAUACUGUGGUGCAAAAUGUUCAGGAGCUUACUGGUUAUGAUAGGGUCAUGGUUUAUAAGUUUCACGAGGACGAACAUGGUGAAGUGGUUUCUGAAAUCAGGAGAUCUGACUUAGAUCCGUAUUUAGGAUUACAUUAUCCAGCCACAGAUAUCCCCCAGGCAGCACGAUUUCUGUUCAAGCAGAACCGUGUCAGAAUGAUCUGUGAUUGCCAUGCAAAACCCGUUAGUAUAGUGCAGAGUGAAGCAUUGGAACAGCCUUUGUGUUUGGUUAACUCAACUCUUCGAUCUCCCCAUGGUUGUCACACACAGUAUAUGGCCAAUAUGGGUAGCAUUGCUUCGUUGGUCUUAGCUGUUAUUGUUAAUAGUGGGAACAACUCGAAGACAAAGCUUUGGGGUUUACUAGUAUGCCACCACAGUUCCCGCCGUUACAUACCAUUUCCCGUUCGUUAUGCUUGUGAGUUUCUCAUGCAGGCUUUUGGGCUUCAGUUGAAUAUGGAGCUUCAAAUGGCUGCACAACUAUGUGAGAAGAAGAUUCUUAAGAUGCAAACCUUGUUAUGUGAUAUGCUUCUCAGAGACUCUCCUGUGGGGAUCGUGACUCAGUCUCCAAACAUCAUGGACCUCGUGAAGUGUGAUGGAGCUGCAUUACACUAUGGAGGAAUGUGUUGGGUAUUGGGUGUUACACCAAAUGAAACGCAGAUAAAGGAUAUCUUGGAGUGGUUGCUUACUUUUAGCAGGGACUCCACAGGAUUUUGCACUGAUAGUUUAGCUGAUGCUGGUUAUCCAGGUGCCGGUUUACUUGGUGAUGCCGUGUGUGGUAUGGCUGCUGCAAGGAUUACAUCGAAGGACUUCCUGUUCUGGUUCAGAUCUCACACGGCAAAGGAAGUCAAAUGGGGAGGAGCAAAGCAUCAUCCUGACAAUAAAGAUGAUGGUGGGAGAAUGCACCCUAGGUCAUCAUUCAAGGCCUUCCUUGAAGUGGUAAAAUGCAGGAGCUUGCCGUGGGAGGUACCUGAUAUGAAUGCUAUUUACUCCUUACAACUUAUAAUGCGAGGGUCGAUACAGGAUGGCGAAGAAACUGUUGCUAAAACAAUAAUCCAAGCCGAGCAGAAUGAUAUGGAAACGGAAGGGAUGAUGCAAGAACUCAGUUCAGUGGCAUCCGAGAUGGUAAGACUGAUUGAAACUGCAGCUGCACCCAUUUUAGCUGUUGAUUCAGCCGGGCUCAUCAAUGGCUGGAAUGCUAAAGCUGCUGAGUUGACAGGGUUAGCUGUUACUGAAGCAAUGGGAAAGUCCCUGGUUAAUGAGCUUGUCCAUAAGCAAUCACGCGUAAUAGUAGAAAAUCAUUUAUCCCGUGCUUUGCGAGGAGAGGAGGAUAAAAAUAUUGAGCUAAAGCUAAGGACAUUUGGACUGAAAGAGAAAGUAGAGUAUGUGCAUAUCUUGGCAAAUGCCUGCUCCAGUAGAGAUUACACUACUAGUGUCGUUGGAGUUUGCUUUGUAGGCCAAGAUGUCACUGAAGAGAAAUUGGUGACGGAUAAAUUUGUCCGCUUGCAACGGGAUUAUGAGGCUGUUAUUCAAAGCCCUAAUUCGUUGAUCCCACCUAUAUUUGCUUCGGAUGAGAAUACGUGCUGCUGUGAGUGGAAUGCAGCAAUGGAAAAGCUGACUGGUUGGUUAAGGGGGGAAGUUAUCGGGAAAAUGCUUCUAAGGGAAAUAUUUGGGGAUUUUUGUGAGCUUAAAAGUCAAGAUGCACUUACUAGAUUUACGAUUCUCUUGUAUCGUGCUAUUGGUGGCCAAAACACUGAGAGGUCCCCUUUUUCUUUCUUCAAUAAGAAAGGAGCAUAUGUUGAGGUUCUCCUAACAGCAAACAAGAGGGUUGACGCAAGUGGACAUACUAUUGGUUGUUUCUGCUUCCUUCAGGAUCUAGUGCAUGAUAAUGCGGAAAUUCCUUUACAAAUACAAACUCAACAGGACCAGAAGUGCUUUCAGAGAAAGUUGGCAUAUCUUCAGCAAGGGAUGAAAACUCCUCUGGACGGCAUAAGGUGUACCCACAAACUUUUGGAGAAUAGUGCUAUUUCAGAUGAUCAGAAGCAAGUCCUUGAAACCAGUGAAGCAUGUGAAAGGCAAAUUAUUGCCGUCGUAGAAGAUAUGCAGUUCAGAAGUAAUGAGGAGGAUUGUACAAAGCUAAACAAGACUGAGUUUCUGUUGGGAUGUGUUAUGGAUGCUGUUGUUAGUCAAGUAAUGAUUUUGUUGCAGGAAAAGAAUUUACAGCUAAUUCACGACAUUCCAGAGAAGAUUAAAACAGUUCAUUUAUAUGGUGAUCAAAUUAGACUUCAGCAGGUGCUGUCAGAUUUCUUGCUGAACACUGUGCAUCAUGCACCGUCUCCGGGUGGCUGGGUAGAAAUCAAGAUCUCGUUCAAAUUGAAGCUUACAGAUGAUGCGAUUGAGCUUUUGCAAUUGGAGUUCAGAAUGACUCACCCAGGUAAAGGACUACCUCAAGAAAUUGUGCAAGAUAUGUUCGAAAAAGAUGGAGCUCGGUCCUCAACAGCUACACAAGAAGGUCUUUGUCUAAGCAUGUCCCGUAAGCUUCUUCGUCUGAUGAAUGGUGAUGUUCAAUAUAUCAGGGAGCCUACCAGGUGCUACUUCCUCAUUCAGGUUGGAUUCCAAAGUAUUACCACUUAAAAGAGCAUAUGCAAACAAUGGAACAAGCAGUCAUACAAGAUAUGGUUGGGGUUAAUUUAAUCAAUUUUGGAAAGCAUCUGUGGCCUCAAGUUAAGCUGUCAAUAUAGAACUCAACCUCGUACGGAGUUUCAGCAAGCCGAUUUUGCUCAACUAUUCAGGAUUAAUCAGUAUGUCAAGAAAGAAAAAAAGUAAAACUAAAAUGUCUCCAUUUUAUUGCAAGUGUGCAAUCAAUAAUGAUUCUAUCUUAUCCAACUAAAAUCUAACCUGUUGUACUUGUAGAAACCAAACUAGUGCAUCUUUUAGCUGUAAAUUUUGUAAUAUUAAGAAUAUCUGUAAAUUAUUAUUCAGUGAACUCAGUGUUGAUAUGUGACAAGGACCAAAACUAUAAGAGUAUUUUGUUUAUAUGUUUUUA